AUGCCUCCCUGGGCGCCGGGCCCGUCCCCGCUAUCCCGGGGGGCGGAGGGCAGGGCGGAGGGCGGAGGGGGGGUUGGAGCCGCGGCCGCCGCUCCCUCGGGCCUCCCCUCAUGCGCGCUGCGCCGCCGCCGCCGCUCCUCUCCGCACUCGUCCUGGCGCUGGCGGCCAACGCAGGAGCCGCAGCUCUUGCCCCUGUUGUUUGCCUCUGGUUUUGUUGGUGAGGAUAUCACAGUGAUGUCUGCAUUCAACCUGCUGCAUUUGGUGACAAAGAGCCAGCCAGUGGCCCUGCGAGCCUGUGGGCUUCCCUCAGGGUCAUGUAGGGAUAAAAAAGACUGUAAGGUGGUCUUUUCCCAGGAGGAGCUGAGGAAGCGGCUGACACCCUUGCAGUACCAUGUCACUCAGGAGAAGGGGACGGAAAGUGCCUUUGAGGGGGAGUACACACAUCAUAAAGCUCAAGGAAUAUACAAAUGUGUUGUUUGUGGAACUCCUUUAUUCAAGUCAGAAACGAAGUUUGACUCCAAUUCAGGUUGGCCUUCCUUCUAUGAUGUGAUCAGUCCCGAUACAAUUACUUUCACUGAUGAUUUUUCCUAUGGGAUGCAUCGGAUUGAAAUAUCCUGCAGUCAGUGUGGUGCACACCUGGGGCACAUUUUUGACGAUGGACCUCGUCCAACUGGCAAACGAUACUGCAUAAACUCUGCUUCGUUAUCCUUCAAGCCUGCAGAGAAGAACAGCGCUGGAGAAGGCAGUGGUAGCACCCGUCCUGCCCAAACAGGCAAAGCUGAGCUGUAGGACAUGGCAAACCCUCAGAGAGCUGCUCUCAUCCCGCACAGCUCACAAGGCAUGUUUUCUGAGUUGCCUGCUACCUUAUAUCCUAAGAAUGUGUAAAUGUAUGAGAGCAUUUUGCACCAUCCUUUUUCUUCCGCUCCUUUCUGGAGCUAGGGCCUUGCCUGCCAGUGCAUUUUACUAUAU